GGGCAGGGCCACGGGGUGGAGCGCAGCUCACCUGGGCGCAGGUGCGGCUGGAGCGGCCGGGCAGUUGGAGGACGUUGUCAGGAUGGCAAACUUCAAGGGUCAUGCGCUUCCAGGCAGUUUCUUCCUGCUCUUUGGGCUCUGGUGGUCUGUGAAAUACCCACUGAGGCAUCUCAGCCAGAAAGCAAGCAAGAAGUCCCAAAGGAAUUACUGCUUCCAGCGUGUGGAUGCCAUCGAAGGAGCAGUCAAAAUCGUCUUUGCUCUAAUAGGGAUGCUGGCAGAGCAGUUUGUCCCGGACGGUCCGCACAUGUACCUCUACAGCGGGGAGAAACGCGACUGGGUGAAGCUGAUGAACUGGCAGCACACCACCAUGUACCUCUUCUACGGACUCUCCGGGGCGGUGGACGUCCUCACCUACCUCUCCCACGUGGUGCCGCGGGGUCUGGACCGCCUCAUGCUCUCUGUGGCUGUGUUCGUCGAAGGUUGUCUCUUCUAUUACCACGUCCUUCACCGCCCCAUGCUCGAUCAGCAUAUCCAUUCCCUCCUGCUCAUCGCCAUAUUUUCAGGGGCCUGCAGCACCAUGCUGGAGGUCUUCCUCUGUGACAACAUUGUCCUGGAGAUGUUCAGAGCUGGUGUCACCAUCAUCCAGGGAACGUGGUUCUGGCAGAUCGGGGUCGUGCUGUUCCAGCCGUGGGGAGGUCCCAUGUGGGAUGAGAGAGACCACGACAACAUCAUGUUCCUCACCAUGUGCUUCUUCUGGCACUGGGCAGCCGCUGUGGUCAUCCUGGCCAUAAACUACACUGUCGCGUACUGCUGUAUCCAGAGGUGCAGGAGAGGCAGCGGCGAGCCCUACAUCGGUCUCGGAGUCCGGAAGCAAAAGUGUGACACGAGCUCCCAGGCUGCUUUCUUAAACGGAUCAGAUGAAGAGUGAGGAUGGUGCAGUCUCCUUCUCCUAAUAUGUGAAGAAUCAGUUUUUCAGAAGAAAAAAACAAAAUCUAAUGAAAUAUUUAUAUUUGGAGAGAGUGGAGAGGUGCCACCAUUCUGCUCUUGGGAAGCCCCUUGUGUGCAUGGGUGGUAGCUGUCCCAGCCUGUACCCAAAUAUCACCAUCACUGUCCACAGUGACUUUUAGCUACAAAAUGAAGUGCAGAAAUUCAACAUUAUGAGAUCGUUUUGUCCUGUGGGUUCCCAUGUGUGUCUCCGUAGUGAAGGAUGGCACCCUUUGGCCAGGUGACUCUUCCAAGCCCCUGCCGGCCUGACCUGCUGCAACUGAAGGCAGGGAAGGUCCAGGCUGGGGUCAGGUCUUCCAACACCUCGGCAACAAAAUGUCAUCCCAAGAAGGAAGAGCAAAGGAGUGCUGGAUGUGGGAUUAUGUCAAAUUUGCAACAUCACAGCUUGAUUGAACACAAUACAAAAUUUAUUACCAAAGCUUUGAACUAAAGACAUGUUUUAAAUAGUUUUAUAUUCACUUAAAGUCUUAAAGAGUGAAUAAAUGUGAAUUAAAAACCCUUGUUGA